CCCCUCCUGUUUCUCUCUCCUUUCCGCUUUGAACUGUUUGUUUGUUGGUUUGUUUUUACUUUUCUCCGUCUCGUCCGGCUGCAUCUCCUGCAGUGAAUCACUGCGUUUCUUUUUAUUCUUGCUCUGUCUGGCUAACCGCCCUCAACCGUCCAGACUCGGAUCCCAGGUUUAACGCUCGGUUCUUUCCGGAAUCCCCCGCCGAACCGUCGCCGCCAAUUGCAGCAUCGAUCACAGAACAAACAUCCGACUCGGACCGGAUCCUUUCCGUCUCACUGCUGUGUCCAAAUAUUCAAUCCAGGGAAUAAAAACUUCUCUUGCCUGUCUUUUCCCUCGCAGUGAGGUGAGACCGUUUGCAGCCAACGGUUCCCAACCGCUGCUUCCAAAUCGCAAAUGUCAUCCAAACACCCAGCGCUGGACACCAACAAGCAACUGAGCAUCUGGACCAGAGACUGGCCCGCCUGUUUCAGCUCACUGGACUGAAGUGAAACAAAGACAAUGAGAGAAAGAAUAUUUCAGGCCACGACCCUGCUUUCAAUUGCCUUGGGGUUAGGCCUUGGAUUUCUGCUGAAGUUUCAAAUUCCUUUAACUCCAUAUUACCUUCUCUGCAUCCAAACGCCAGGGAAAAUAUUUCUGAACAUGCUCCAGAUGAUGGCUGUUCCCCUCAUUGUGACAAGCGUGAUUGCAGGUGUAACUGAUUUAAAACACAUAAUGUCCAAGAAAAUGGGCUUCAUCGCUGGAGCCUACUUCUGUGGCACUACCCUCAUUGCCAUAGCUCUUGGGAUGAUUCUGAUGAUGACAACUAAGCCUGGUGAGCUUGAAGACCUUUCAUCCAAUAAAGAAAUAGAUGCCCCACCCUUCUCCAUUCAUUUGGUCCUUCAGGACCUUUUAAGGAACAUGAUUCCGGAGAACUUUUUUCAGGCUUUCUAUGAGCAGUACAAGACUGAGAUUGUUCGUGUUAAAGGAGACCAAUCUGUCCCUUACAAUAGUCAGAAUGAAAGUCAGAUAAAACUGAUAGGUACUUAUGUUGAAGGCGCCAACAUGCUCGGACUGAUCAUCUGGUCUUUUGUCAUCGGCAUCAUGUUAAACAUUGUGGGAGGCCAGGCCAAAACCGCUGUGAAGGCCAUUCAUGGCCUCAACAAUGCAAUAAAAAUCAUAUUCAGCUGGUUUUUGUGUUACUUGCCAAUAGGAGUGUUGUUCCUGGUUGCAAGCCAGGUGCUGGAGAUUAAGCAGUGGAACUCUAUCGUUAAACUUGGAAAGCUUUCAGGGGUAUUUAUUCUGGGGUGUGCGAUUUUUUCCAUUUUUAUUCAUCCUGGGAUUUAUUUCAUAACCACCAGACGGAACCCUUACGUCAUCUUCACGAAGAUCUCAAAGCCAUUGAUAACAGCAUUUGUUCUUGCGUCCAGUGCCGCCACUCUGCCCAUGACCCUUGAAUGCUGUGAAGAGAAGUUGAAGAUGAAUGCAAAACUCUGCCGCCUCCUGCUGCCCAUUGCCUGCACCAUCAACAUGAAUGGGACCGCGCUCUACGAAGUGUUCGCUUCCGUCUUUGUUGCCCAGAUAAAUGACAUCAACCUGGACAUUGGCCAAAUAAUCUCCAUUGCCUUGACUGUUUCCGUUAUCAGCUUUGGAGCUUCAGCGAUCCCACAAACAGGAGCCAUGACCACUAUCCUGGUUCUGACAUCUGUGGGGCUGCCUGCAGAGGAUGCCUACAUUCUGCUGGUGGUGGAAUGGCUUCUAGACCAUUUCGCCACUUAUUUGAAUGUUCUGGGAGACUUCUUUGCUUUGGCUGUCAUCAAUCAUCUGUGCCAGGAUGAGCUUGAGGCCGACGUCAACGAAAGUGCUGAAAUCAUUAGAGACACCGAAAAUGACUUGGCCUGUUUGGAGCCUGAUGAACUCGCCGAACUCCCGUCCGGCGAGUUCAUCCCGUCUGGCGCCUCCCCAGCAGGAUCCAUUUCACCUGAGUGAGGGGAUCAUUCACACCAACAAGCUGAAACCUCAGGACAGCGACCUGGGAUGUCUGAGCUGAUCAUUUCCCUGUUCGCUUAUAGUUAUUGCUAGUUGGAUGGUGUCAUACAUAAUUAAACUUUACUAUUCUGCAUUUUAA